AUGCAACAACAACAGAUAUCCACGCUCUCCCCACUCCCAGAUAUCAUGCGCGGUCCGUCCGCACCACCGCUUCUUGCACGCCGUCCUUCUCCACCACCUCCCGCUCCAGAGUUCCUCAUCGUCGGUCUCUUCGCGCUACGUCUCACAAAGCGGCUGAUCGAGGGCCUCAAUUACUACCCAGGCCGCGAUGCCGACAUCAUCUGGCUUGUCAACUUCCUCGCGCCCUACCACAACGACUAUGCACUGGCGAAAAUCUCAGAAGCAAUCAAAGUACCCCGUGCGGUCAUGCAGAUGAAUCCGGAUCAAUCAACGCAGCAAGCAUGGCGAGGGCGUGGGAUAGAGCGACUGAGGGAGAUGACUGAUGCGGAGAGGAUGAGCAUCAUCGACUUCUGCGAUGCGGCAGGCGAAUGGGGAUCGAUACUCCCGAUUCCAGCCUAUGAAGCAGAGAAAAUGGUCGAAUUGGCCGAUCGGAGGAAGAUCGCGGAUCUCGACGAACCUCAUCAGCAGCAAUUGCGCUAUGGAGAUUGGGAGGAGUCGCAUGGUCCAAGGCAGUUGCGAUUCGACAGCAGAGAGGAGUUGCAAGAUCAGAGGCAGCCGCGAUUCGAGCCAAGCUCUUUACCACUUGAUAUGGAAAGGCCACUCCAAGAGCUGAGGCAACCAGAACGCGAGGACAGGUAUCGGCUACACAGCGCUGGGACGUGGCGUGGCGACGAGUAUCUGCUUCCGGCAGAGAGGCAACCUGUGGAAGACACGCGAAGGAGACGUCGGGUAUCGAUCGCGGAUGAAAGACCCUACUCUGAGGAGCGACGCCAUUGA